AUGGUUUCUUCUGCCAUGACUGUCACUGCCCCUCUCUGCCACAGCGUCAUGCCUUUCCCGGCCACUGCUAGGGACUCCUCGGCACGCUCCCGAGUGGGAAGGCCGGGCCUUGCCGCUGGCUGCUGCUCCGGUCCUAUCGCCGCCGCAGUGACCAACGCGGCCCUGGUGGCCGAUGCUGCCCGCGUCGGUACGAGGAGGUGUGAACUCUUUGAUCUCCAUCGGCAGAUAGUUCCUCUUGUUGAUUCAUGGGGUUGGCAGAAGUCCAUUGUUGAGAGGAGAAAACCGUUGGUAGGCAUAGACACGGACACAGAUGAAGAUCACUCGGACACCUUAAUCACGCUGCAGCAUCCACCAGUUUAUACACUGGGCAACGGCAAUAGCGAGAAGUACCUCAAUUUCAAUAUAGAAGAUUCUCCUAUUGAGAUUCAUCGUAUUGAUCGUGGUGGGGAGGUGACAUAUCAUGGUCCUGGACAGCUCGUUCUGUACCCGAUUCUCAAUUUGCGGUAUCAAAAGAAGGAUCUUAACUGGUACCAAAGAUCACUUGAAACUGUGAUCAUUCGUGCCCUUCAGUCCGCAUUCUCUAUUAAGGCAUCAACAAUAGAAGGCCUCACUGGCGUUUGGGUUGGGGAUCAGAAAGUUGCAGCUAUUGGAAUUAUGUGUGCAAGAUGGAUAGUAUAUCAUGGUCUAGCGCUAAAUGUCACAACUGACCUAACCCCUUUUGAACACAUUGUUCCCUGCGGCAUAAAGGGUCGUGGCGUUGGGAGCAUUAAGCAGAUAUUGCAAAAGGCUUCCAACGGUAGAGAACAUAACGAUUCAGAACUGAUGGAUAUAGCUUAUGAAUCAUUGAUCAAAGAGUUUGCCGAGUUUUUCCAACUCUCUCUGGAACGCAGCCCUGAUUUGUAUCUUUAG